AUGGUCUUGGAUAUGAAAUCAUCUCAUGGUGCCGUGGUCGGCUUUGGUUUGUGGACCUUCGGCCACAUUGGCGUCCUUGCAGUGUAUCGUACUACUCUGAUCCUCAAGGGUGAUGUUGCCCCCAAUGGUUUUGGCCCCAGUCGAGACGACAGUUCCAAGUCGUUCAUUGGCCGUGUGGGACGUUCCCAUGCCAACUGUACCGAAAAUUUUCCCUUGUUUCUGGCCACGGUCGUUCUCAAUACACUCACCGGUGGACCGGAUAUUUCUUCCCUUUCUUGGUACUAUGUCUGCGCCAGGAUGGGACACAGUACCAGUCACUGCCUUGGUGACACGGAUAUCCAUGCAACUAUUCGGUUCCUCUUCUUUGGAACCCAAAUUGGGUUGCUGGGUAACAUGCUCUACAAAACCAUCAAAGAGUAG